CUUGAAACUCGCCAACAGUUUGAGACUCACCAACAGCUUAGGACCUGCCAACAGCUUGAGACUCCGCCAACAGCUUGAGACUCGCCAACAGCUUGAGACUCGCCAACAGUUUGAGACUCGCCAACAGCUUGAGACUCGCCAACAGCUUGAGACUCGCCAACAGUUUGAGACUCGCCAGCAGUUUGAGACUGCCAACAGCUUGAGACCUCGCCAACAGCUUGAGACUCGCCAACAGCUUGAGAUCUCGCCAACACUCGCCAAAGCCCCAAGGAUGGGCGGGUUUAGGAGUAGCCACCAGAGGCACAGGGGCACCAGGCACCAGAGCCACCAGAGGCACCAGAGCCACAAGAGGCCAGAGCCACCAGAGCCACCAGAGGCACCAGGGCACCAGGGCACCAGAGCCGGGCACCAGAGGCACCAGAGCCACCAGAGGCACAGAGGCACCAGAGGCACCAGAGGCACCAGAGCACCAGAGGCACCGAGGCACCAGAGGCACCAGGGCACCAGAGCCACCAGGGCACCAGAGCCACCAGAGGCACCAGAGGCACCAGACAGAGCCACCAGGGCACCAGAGGCACCAGAGGCCGCAACCUGGGGCACCAGAGGCACCAGAGGCACCAGCCACAGGCACCAGGGCACCAGAGGCGAGCCACCAGAGCACCAGACCACCGGGCCACCAGCCAAGGCCACCAGACAGAGCCACCAGGCAGAGCCACCAGGGCACCAGAGCCACCAGGGACCAGAGGCACCAGACACCAGACCAGACCAGGCCAGAGCCACCAGAGCCACCAGAGCCAGGACACCAGGGCCAGGAAGCCAGGGACACCAGGGCACCAGCCCAGAGGCACCAGAGCCACCAACCAGAGCCACCAGAGCACCAGAGCCACCAGAGGCACCAGGGCACCAGAGCCACCAGAGCACCAGAGCCACCAGAGGCACCAGAGGCACCAAAGCCACCAGAGGCACCAGAGCCACCAGAGGCACCAGAGCCACCAGAGGCACCAGAGGCACCAGAGGCACCAGAGCCACCAGAGGCACCACAGAGCCACCAGAGGCACCAGAGCCACCAGAGGCACCAGAGGCACCAGAGCCACCAGAGCCACCAGAGGCACCAGAGGCACCAAAGCCACCAGAGGCACCAGAGCCACCAGAGGCACCAGAGGCACCAGAGCCACCAGAGGCACCAGAGCCACCAGAGGCACCAGAGCCACCAGAGGCACCAACAGAGGCACCAGAGCCACCAGAGCCACCACAGAGGCACCAGAGCCACCCAGAGGCACCAGGAGCCACCAGAGGCACCAGAGCACCAGAGGCACCACAGAGGCACCAGAGGCACCAGAGCCACCAGAGGCACCAGAGGCACCAGAGGCACCAGAGGCACCAGAGCCACCAGAGGCACCAGAGGCACCACAGAGGCACCAGAGCCACCAGAGGCACCAGAGGCACCAAAGCCACCAGGAGGCACCAGAGCCACCAGGAGGCACCAGAGGCACCAGAGGCACCAGAGGCACCAGAGGCACCAGGAGGCACCACAGAGGCACCAGAGGCACCAGAGCCACCAGAGCCACCAGAGGCACCAGAGGCACCACAAAGGCAAGAGCACCGGCACCAGAGCCACCAGAGGCACCAGAGCCACCCAGAGCCACCAGAGCCACCAGAGCACCAGAGCCACCACAGAGGCACCAGAGCCACCAGAGGCACCAAAGGCACCAGAGGCACCAGAGCCACCAGAGGCACCAAAGGCACCAGAGCCACCAGAGGCACCAGAGCUACCAGGGCACCAAAGGCACCAGAGCCACCAGAGGCACCAGAGCCACCAGAGGCACCAGAGCCACCAAAGGCACCAGAGCCACCAGAGGCACCAGAGGCACCAGAAGGACACCAGAGGCAAAAGGCACCAGAGCCACCAGAGGCACCAGAGCCACCAGAGGCACCAGAGCCACCAGAGGCACCAAAGGCACCAGAGCCACCAGAGGCACCAGAGGCACCAGAGGCACCAGAGCCACCAGAGAGGCACCACAAAGGCACCAGGUGCCCAGAGGCACCAGGAGCCACCAGGAGGCACCAGAGCCACCAGAGGCACCAAAGGCACCAGAGGCACCAAAGGCACCAGAGGCACCAGAGGUCAGAGUUGAGGCUGCGUCCUGAGAGGUCAGGAGAGUUGAGGCUGUGUCCGUGA